AUGGCACCUCUCCAGCUCUUCCCGAGCUUUAUCUACCUCCUAACUCUUCUUACCACCCCCCUCCUCGCCAGAAACUCCCAUCGACCCCCCAAUACCUGCCCAACAAUAACUAAAUUCACCACACCAACCUCCUGCCCACCCACCACCCCCUCCGUAUGCCCCCAACCCGACUGCAUCCUCGUAUCCCCCAUCACCGUCCCCUGCGGCUGUCCCACCACGAUUCCAACAUCGGCCGUCCACUGUGCUGCCGCCCCAAUGCCGUCCUUCCACGUCGAGCGCGAAAAAGAUCCCGUCGGUUUCGACGCCGCCACCACCGGAACCUAUACCUACUCCGACUGCGACUCGGACACUGCAACCGCAACCGGAUUCGUGCAAGACAAUCACGGCGACGGAGGGGCCGGCGUGCUGGACGGAAGGGUACGGCAUAUUUGCGGUGCCCGAUUACGUCUGGCACGUAAAGAAUCGAUCCUUGAUAUCAAACCAGACGGAGCCUAUGAGUACCGAUUUGAGAAACAGAUAUUGUUCCUCAAUAGCCAAGAUCUCAUUGGUAUCCUCCGAGUAGCCUGGCCCCUCGGGUUGACAAAGAGCACACACCCUCCUCCUCCCCCCGUAUCCUCUUCUGUUAUUGAAACCAGAAAAACAAAGAAAGAAAGAAACCCACCUACCGCGGACCUUCUACUUCUACCUCAAUUUGACCCUCCUCGAGCUUACCCGCUCGAAACCAACCAAUUCCAGCUCGGCUCGGCUCCCAGGAAAGGGGUCCUCGCUUAA